AAAAAAAAGUAAAAAUCGAUGGAGGGAUAGUAACUACGAUGAGAGAGCAACAAAACAACUAAGUCCAGAAAAGAAUCAAGCUAAUUUCCAAAUAAAACGCGAUCCAAUUAAAAUGCAUCAUGGUGUAAAAGGUGAUUCUGAUGUAAACGGUCGGUCCGACGAGCAAUUGAAAUGGGACCCUGCCUUUAAUAAAAUGACUCUUGUUGGCAAAAAUGUCAACGAAGCUACAAAAAAUGAAGAUUCUGAAACCCCGUUCAGAAAAGAAAGGAAAAGGAGAAAUACACCGAACUCGGAUAAAACAUCACAAGGUCACAGUAGCAAAAACACUGAUAAAUCGAAGGCUGCUAAGGGCGUAUUUAAGCGAGGACAUGGUCGUUACAGAUGCAAGAGUUUGGGGUAUAUGAAAGAACAUCUACGUUUCGGUCGAUUCGUAUGUCCUUCUGAUUUGCUUCGUGUCAAGCUAGAGGAGCGCGAUCUGUACAGAUGUAUUCCGUACUGUAACACUUCGUUAUACCAGACGUGUAUGCCUUAUAAAUUCAGAUACCAAUGCUGUGCCGCUCCAUGA